AAGUCAAACAAAGUAAAGGUUGUUUUUUAAAUCAAUUAUGGGGCACAGGCUUUCUAGUGCAUUCCAGUUUGGAUGAGACAGCAGUUGGCUGGACAGGUUGAAAUCUCAUUUUUUGCUCAGGCGCCGAAGUAAAAAAAUUUGCUCAACGUGAAAAGGAAUCAUGGAAAGGAACAUCAUGCUGUGGAUUUGUGCUUUGGUAAUAGUUCAUCCAGUCGUUCAUGGAAACCCAGAGACUCCUGUCAGCGACAAACUCCCGUCAUUGUUAAGGAUGAACAAUGAUUUUGCUUUUCACCUGUACAAGAGGCUUGUUGAAAUGCCCGAGUAUCAGUCCAAAAAUAUCUUCUUCUCUCCAUUUAGUGUGUCCAAGGCCCUUUCUGAGCUGACUGUAGGAGCUGGUGGUGACACCAAACAUCAGCUUCUCAAUGGCUUUGGGUAUAACAGCUCCUUCUUCAGUAUUGAUGAAAUGCAUGAGUUGUUUCACACUCUCCUGGAGGACAUUGACCAUAGGACAGGGGUGGACAUCGAUGCCGGUACUGCUUUUUAUGUGAGCGACAAAUUUAAGCCGAUUCCUGAAUCUUUAGAGAAGAUGAAGGAGUUUUAUCACUCAGAAGGUUUUGCAGUUAAUUUUGGCAAAAAGGAAACUAUUGAUGAAAUUAACACGUAUGUGAAGGAAAAAACACAUGGCAAAAUAGAUAAAGCUGUUGAUGAUCUGGAUGCUGAUACUUUGAUGUUUCUUCUCAGUUAUAUCUAUUUUAAAGGAAAAUGGGACAUACCAUUUAAUCCAAGCAAGACCAGGGUGGAUAAAUUCUUCGUGGACGAUGAAACCACAGUUUCAGUCAAAUUCAUGCAUCAAUAUGAAUUCCUCAAAGUUUAUUAUGACAUGGAUCUCUCCACCAAAGUCCUCUGUCUUGACUACAAUGACUCCUUCUCCAUGUUGCUGGUUGUCCCAGAAUAUGGACGAAUAAUUAAGAACAUCACUUAUCUGGAGAAAGAAGUUACUAGAGAGCACAUAAAAAAGUGGAUGGGAGCUGUCAGUAAAAGAAAAGUUGACAUCUACGUCCCCAAGCUGUCUCUUAAAACAUCAUAUUCCCUGAAUGAUAUUUUGAAGGGAAUGGGAAUGACUGAUAUGUUUACAGAUAAAGCUGACUUCUCAGGAUUUACUGAGGAAAAGAUGUUCAUUUCAAAGGCUGUGCAUCAAGCCUCUUUGGAUAUAGAUGAGGAAGGAACCACAGCAGCAGCAGUGACAACAGUUGAAUUCAGGCCAAUGUCCUACCACCCACUGAAGGUUUUACAUUUCAACCGUCCAUUCAUGAUCUUUCUUAUCGACCAGAAAAAUUACAACAUCCUGUUCAUCGGAAAAAUUGAGAAUCCAACAAAAAAGCAUUGAUACUGUAUUACAACUGUCCAGUACAUAUGUUUUUUAUUCAUCAUUGUAUAAAUAUUGGGGGGUUGUAAUACACCUCUGGAUGGCUAUGAAUUAACAGUAACAGUCUUCGGGCCAUGAUUUUUCCAACCUCUCUAGCAUUUCGAUAAAUAUGUUUCUGUGGUGAAUAUACCUGCCUGGUGGCUUCAUGAUGGAUAAUUAAAAGUAUAAUGUAAAAGCAGA